AAGGGAGGCAACGCUGAGCACUGAGGCGUGGUCUCCCUUGAUUACAGACGAUUUAAAUGUAAACAUCGAACCUCGAGUAGAUUGGAAAAACAUCGAUUGAUCUGCUACAACGACCCCUUGAGAUUGCGUGGAGACAAUCUUGAAAAUCGUCAAUGGAGUCUAUAGAGCGAAGCGUCUCCAGUAUGAGUCUGCGAACAUCUGAGCUUUUGGUCCGACACCAGACAGAUCUCAGUCGAUGGCCUAUAUUCAGCAUCUUGAGAGAAGACAUCCUCAACAGCAUCAAAAAGAUUUGUGUGUAUGGUAGUUCAGGAAACGAAGCUAUUAUUGUCACCAUAGAGGAUGAUAUCUACGCAAUAGGUUCCAACUGCAGCAGCUGUUUGGGGCUUGGUGACACCCACAGUAGUUUUGAACCUCGCAAAAUUGAGGCCCUGUGUAGGAAAGGAAUUGUUGAUAUUGCUUUUGGGAGUGGACCUCAUGUCUUGGCUGUGACAUCAGAUGGCGAUGUGUACAGCUGGGGACACAAUGGGUACUGUCAGCUAGGCAAUGGAACCUCCAACCAAGGCUUGCAUCCUGCGUCUAUCAGCCAGCAUCUUGGGGGCCGCAGAGUGAUUCAAGUCUCCUGUGGCAGUCAUCAUUCGUUGGCUCUUACCAAAGAAGGAGAGGUUUACGCAUGGGGUCAGAACAAUUGUGGACAAGUGGGGACAGGAACAACAGCUAAUCAGCCUACACCCCGUAAAAUAUCUGCUGUGAUUGGUGGAAGGAAUGUAGUGUCUGUGUGCUGUGGCCAGACUUCCUCUCUUGCACUCAUGGAUAAUGGGGAGGUAUAUGGUUGGGGAUACAAUGGGAAUGGACAAUUGGGACUUGGAAAUAAUGUGAAUCAGCCCAACCCUUGCCGAAUUCAUUCUCUACAAGGAGUAAUUGUUAGUCAGAUUGUAUGUGGUUAUGCACACACCUUAGCACUGACUGAUGAGGGCUCGUUAUAUGCGUGGGGAGCUAAUUCAUAUGGUCAGCUAGGCACGGGCAACAAAGCUAAUCUCGUCUCACCAUCAAGAGUGAUGCAGUCAGAAGAGAGGUUUGUGGAGGUUGCAGCUACCCACUAUUCCCAUGUGUCAGCAGCUAUGACACAGACUGGAAAGGUUUUGAUGUGGGGGCAGUGUCGUGGACAGUCCAUCACAACUCCAACUAUAACAAGGUUCUCCAUCACUGAUGAUGUGUUUGCCACAUUUUCCACACCCCCUGUCACAUGGAGAAUGUACUGCAUAGAUCAGGUUAAAGGAGCACGUGUAGCUGAGAGUAUAGCCACUUCUUUUGAUGAUCCGGAAACUUGUGAUUUAAAGUUCAUAGUGGAAAACCAAGAAAUACAUGUCCACAAAGCUUUGCUGAAAAUCAGGUGUGAACACUUCAGAUCUAUGUUUCAGUCAUACUGGAAUGAACAUGAAAAAGACUCCAUAGAAAUAGUUCAGUAUCCUUUUGCUGUGUACCGAGCUUUCCUACAAUAUCUGUACACAGACAACGUGGAACUCAAGCCAGAGGAAGCUAUUGGGCUUCUGGACUUGGCCAAUGCCUACUGCGAAAUGCCAUUGAAACGGAAGUGUGAACAGAUCAUCUGUCAAGGAAUCUCGGUGGACAACGUGGCCAUGCUGUAUGCUGCUGCCAUCAAAUUCGAAGCCAAGGGUCUGGAAGAGUUCUGUUGUUUCGCCCUCAACCACCUGACGGCAGUAACACAGACAGAAGCCUUCUCCAAGCUGGAUGGCGAUGUCAUGAUGGCGUUCAUUCGCAAGGCAGGCACAGCGGGCGCCUUCAAGUACUGAGUCUGGACCCACACCCUCGCCCACAUCUUUGGUGUUCAAGCACAGAUCAUCGAAACAACUACUUGCAUGUCUCAAGCCGUCUCUUCUACAAGAAUUAAUGUCUUUCUAGACUUUGGGCGUUGUGUAAUUAAUUAGACAAGGACACUUUUGCGAGUCCGAUUAAAGUAUUGUUUACAAGAAUGGAAAAAAAUAUAACAGCAGCAGCAAAAUGCAUUAAAUGUGUAGCUGUUUAUAGUUUUUGAUAUACUAUUGUAAAAAAUGUCAUUUAUGUCUGAAGGCGAGUAGACAGGUGAAGGUUUCUUUUUUUGGUUAGGCUGCAAUAAGGCUACAAGGCUGUUAAAGGAAGACAACCAGGGUAAGAUUAUUUUGUUAACGGAUCUCUUCCUUAACCCAUGGAUCUUUGUAGCUACAAAUCUUUGUUUAACCACAUACACCAUCCUAGAUAUAGACAGCCGAAUGCACUUUUUGGUUGCCUUAUGCCAUUUUUCACUGAGGACUACUCGAGAAACACUAGAAUAUUCCGAAUUACCUAAGUAAAUGUGAUAUCUACCUACGAAUUUUUUGACUGUUAAUGCUGUCAGAAGAAUACUUUUCUAACUUUAUUCCCAAUGACUUUUUUCUGGGACACUUCCUGCACCUUGGAUGUACUUGAACUGUGUUAUGUAUAUUUAUUACAAGGAAACAAAAAAGCCACUCAGGCAUAUAGAUAUACUUUAUUCUCCAAGUUUUCGGGAGGCUUGUCCGUACGUCAGUUGAUGUAUAGACGAAGAUAUAGGUUUUUUUUUAAAUUUAUGUAAAACUGGGGCAAACACCUCGUACCGCUUAUCUCCACAGGGUCAAAAAUCCUUCGUCAGAAAUGAGAAAUGCUGGGAUACGAACGUCUGAGUUAUUAAGUGAUAAAGCGACGGAUAUAUAUGUUUUUCUUCACCUGUGUAACAUUAUUAGCAAGUACUCUCCUCACUUGCAGAGACUUGUUUCGGUGGUAAAUAACAUAUGGAAGCAAAAAAUGCUAUAAUCUAAGUCUGGGAUUACACAUAAGUAAUAAAUUACCUGCGCAGCGAUGGUGAAAGGCUCGAACUGUAAGAUCAAACACUUUGGCUAGAUAAAUUUCUUCGUCUAAAAAAUGUGAGAAAAUUUUCUGAAUACGAAUGAGGUAAGUGAGAAUUUUAGAAAUAUACAUGUAACCGCCAGUACACUAGUAAGAAAGGUGGAAUCAGUGUCGUUUUGUUGUUCGACGAGUGUUGUCAUUAUCAUGCAUUCCACUGAAAGGAAAUAUUCCCUUGAGUUUCUUUCUGAAAAAGAAAUGAAGGCCUUAAAAAAUAAAUCGGUCUCUAACACAAUUUUUUUUUAACAAAGUAAUGGCUCUCAGUAGAUACUUAAUUUUCCUUCCAGAUUUCAGAAGAUAAUUUUUUUCCCGUACUGUAAAAUAAAAUGUUAUCGAGGAUGUAUGUGUUGUUAGCUCUGAAAUGUGCGAGGAAAUGAAUACAAAUGGCAGCCAUAGCUUCCACAUGUUUAUGUUUUUGUCUACAGAGUUCUUUCUCAGAAUUUAAUUAUACAUCAUAAACAAUUGCUCAAUCACUCUGGUACUAGAAGUUCAAAUACUAUCAGAAAAGCAUCACUGCGGCUUGUUCUGUAGCAGUCGCAGCAACCAAAGACAUUAUACAGAAAGAGAAAAUAAUCUUUCUGAGCAUGUGCAAUAAUGGACAGAAAUACUUCCCCCUUACCCUCUCCUUCUCCUGGGUGUGAAAGAACUUUCUAGGCUCGUGAUCUCGUGAGCAAACUCCAUCAAGUUGUCUAUUUCCGCAAUAUUGCGCGUGUGAGAUGUAAUUUUCUGUUGCGUUCAGUGUAGUCGAAUUUAUCAGACGAAUUAAUUUGGUCGUGAAUAAAUGUUUUUCUCCCGGAAGCCUUCUUCUAAAUAUUUGGUGGCAUUCUGUCCGUGCCACUUUAUGGAAGUGGAAGGGAGAGUGGUGUGGAAGAGUGGGGGUCAGCGGGUAGGGGUCAGUUCCCUAUCAGUGAUGCCAGCAGGCACAAAGGUAUUUGAGUCAUAUACAUUCCAUUUUGCUGGAGGUUAGCGUGUUAGCGUGAAUGCUAUCGCGAAAACCCAUGUACGGUGCGUGGGGUUCAAAGGCUAAGAGGUCACUGAAGAGGGUAAUUCUGGCCACAAAAAAAAA